AUGGCUUCGUCACCACUGCUUUUUGAGCCCCACUACGGUGAAACAAACACCGGUGACGCGACGAAGCCUCAGAAUAUCGAGAGCUUCGAAAAGUUCGUGAUGAAGGGCACUGACGGGCUGGGCGUGCAUCUGAUGAUGGCCGACGGCGGGUUCAGUGUCAAGGGGAAGGAAAAUAUACAAGAGAUCUGCUCCAAACGCAUCUACCUCUGUCAACUUCUCAUCUCGCUUUGCGUCCUACGCGAGGGUGGCAACUUCUACUGCUGUUUGUUUGACGUCUUCACGCGCUUCUCAUACGAGCUAUGUUUCUUGAUGACGCUGUGCUACGAGGAUGUCUGCAUCCACAAGCCGCACACCAGCCGACCGGCCAAUUCGGAAAGAUACAUUGUGUGCAAGGGCUUGAAGCGCGAAUACUCUUACCCAAUCCGUGACUACCUGAAAAAGGCCAACAUUCGCAUGGAGAAGCUGUGGAAAGUGGAGAAAGAGGGCAAAAAGACG